AUGGAGACAGGUAGCGACAACCGUGGUCGUGGCUCUGGUCGUGGUCGUGGCGGCGGUGGUGGAGGAGGAAAUCGUGGUGGUAGAGGUGGGAAUUACCAACGUCACCAGCACCAUCAGCAGGGUCAGUAUCAAGGUGGUGGUGGUGGUGGUGGAGGAAGAGAAGGGGGUGAUGGCGGAAGAGGAGGGGGUGGGGUUCCUACCCAGAUUGGUGGUCAGCAGCGGGGUAAUUGCCCCGUUGAAAAAGGUCAGAGUGGUGGCGCGUACAGGCCACCACAACUACGGAAUGAUCAGGGUCUGGGGCCUACAAGGGUCGAACCAAGUGAAGGGCAUGGGAGAGGUGGGUCUGUUGUGGGACCAGCAGGUGGUGAAAGAGGAGUGUGGACUGGGAGGCCUUGGGCACUCAUUUUUGGGUCGUCUCCGUCUCCGUCUCCGUCUCCGAGGGUUCCUGAUCAAACGAUUCCUAAUCUUGUUAUUCCAGAUGUGCAGUCAUUGCAAAUUUCAGAAAAGAAGACUCAAUCAACUCUUUUGGAAAGUAAGGAGAACACACUUAUGCCCAUGAAACGGCCUGACAAAGGUGGCAAGCUUACAACUAGGUCAGUAAGGCUUCUUGUCAACCAUUUUCAUGUCAAAGUCGAUUGGGAGAGAACGGUGUUACACUAUGAUGUGAAUAUUAAACCCGAUACGUCUGCCAGCAAUUGGUCUGCAAAGAAAUUCAUUCCAAAAUCCGAUCGUCGUUUGAUCAAGGACAAGCUAUCCUCUGAUGAUCCGCGAUUCCCUCAGAAAAAGACUGCUUAUGAUGGUGAAAAGAACGUUUUCAGUGCAGUGCCAUUGCCCACUGGGCAAUUCAAGGUGGAAUUGACUCGUGGAGAAGAGAUGAAGAGUCGUCCCUAUUUAUUUACAGAUCAGUUUGUAAAUGAGCUGAAGUUUUCCAAUCUAGAGGAUUACGUAAGGGGGAAGCUUGAGUGUAUCCCUCGCAAUGUAUUACAAGGGAUGGAUUUGGCAAUGAAGGAGAAUCCUUUGAGGCAUAGGAUCAAUGUUGGUCGAAGCUUUUAUUCGAAAGAAUUCAGGGCGGAAGAUGACCUCCGUUGUGGCGGUGCUGCUUUUCGAGGCUUUGAACAAAGCCUAAUGCUCACCUCACAGGGUCUAGUCUUAUGUUUGGAUUAUUCAGUUUUGGCAUUGCGCAAGCGAUUGCCAGUCAUAGAGUACCUUAAGGAACAUGUUCGGAAUUUCCUAAAAGUAAGUGAUGUCAAAAGGUUGGAAAGUGAAGUGGCAAGUGCAUUACGAGGACUGAAAGUUGAUGUAACUCACCGCGUCACCCCACAGAAGUACACGAUAGCAGGGUUAAGCAGAAAAAAUACACGAGAUAUUACAUUCAUUCUCGAAGAUUCAGAGGGAAAUCAUCCACCAAGGGAAAUUGGCCUUGUCGGAUAUUUCAGGGAGACAUAUAGGAAGGAAAUUAUGUACAAGGAUAUUCCCUGUUUAGAUUUGGGGAGAGAGAUUUAUGUGCCUAUGGAAUUUUGUACAUUGGUGGAGGGGCAGAGUUACCCGAAAGAGGACUUGGAUGACAAAAAGAGUCGGUUACUGAAGGACAUAUCAAUGCCUCCGCCGGAGGAAAGAAAGAGCACUAUCUGUGAGAUGGUGCAGGCUAAAGAUGGACCUUGCGGAGAGGUCGCUGAAAAUUUUGGAAUUGAAGUUGAGAAGACCAUGACAAAAGUAUCCGGUCGUGUCAUUAAGCCACCUAACUUGAAGGUUGGCAAUGGUCAAAGUGUGACAGUUGACAGGGAGAAAUGUCAGUGGAACCUCUCUGGUAAAUCUGUGGUGGAAGGCAAGUCACUCGAGCGAUGGGCCUUGAUCGAUUUCAUUUCAUUUUCUAAAAUGAAUGCUUGUACUUUCAUUGGGAAUCUGAGAAAUAGAUGCAAAAAUCUGGGCAUCCGUGUGGAGGAGCCUGUUGUGUGCCAUUUUACUGGCAGGCUUGAUUUCUGUAGUGUCACUGAAAUUCAGAAACUUCUUGAAAGCGUGGUUAGUGAGGCUAAGGGGAAGUGUAAGGGCCGGUUGCAACUUAUUGUUUGUGUGAUACCCAAAAACAAUCCUGUCAGAAAAUAUCUUAAAUGGGUCUCUGAGACUCAGAUUGGGGUACUGACUCAAUGUUUCUGUACUGACCAGUAUCUUGCAAACCUUGCUCUUAAGAUUAAUGCCAAGCUUGGUGGUAGCAAUGUAGAGCUAAUUGAACGGCUCCCCGGUACUGAAGGUGAGGAACAUGUUAUGUUUAUCGGGGCUGAUGUCAAUCAUCCAGCUGCACGAAAUGUGACAUGUCCAUCAAUAGCAGCGGUUGUUGCAACAAUGAACUGGCCUGCUGCCAAUCGCUAUGCUGCAAGGAUUUGUCCCCAGGAUCACCGCAAGGAGAAGAUUCUGAAUUUUGGGAACAUGUGUUUGGAUCUAGUCAAUACUUAUGCUCGACUUAACAAAACCAGGCCAAAGAAAAUUGUGAUAUUUCGGGAUGGGGUAAGUGAAGGCCAAUUCGACAUGGUUCUCAAUGAAGAGUUACUUGAUAUAAAGAGGGCCAUAUGUACUGAAGAUUACCACCCAACAAUGACUCUUGUUAUUGCCCAGAAGAGACCCCCGACCCGCCUGUUUCUUGAUAAUGGCGGGGGUGCAUCCCGCAAUGUGCCUCCUGGAACAGUUGUGGAUACAACAAUCGUUCAUCCUUUUGAAUUUGAUUUUUAUCUGUGCAGCCACUAUGGAAUCAUUGGGACAAGCAAGACAACGCACUACCGUGUCCUGUGGGAUGAGAAUACUUUUACGUCUGAUGAGUUACAGAAGCUGAUAUAUCACUUGUGCUUCACCUUUGCAAGAUGCACCAAGCCUGUCUCAAUUGUGCCUCCAGUUUACUACGCUGAUCUUGUCGCGUUCAGGGGACGCGAAUAUCAAGAGGUAGCGAUGGAGAUACAGUCUCGUGCUUCAUCAUCAUCUUCGGUUUCUGUUGCUUCACUUGAUGAGAGGUUCUACAAACUGCACCCAGACAUUGAGAAUGAUAUGUUUUUCAUUUGAGCGGCCAAACAUGGCCAUCUAAAUCUCCUUCCCUAUUCUCAGUAGUGGAGGAGAUAUGGUUAACUGCUGGAUUUGCCCAAAUGCUACUCAAUCUCCUUUUCUAAGCACUAGUGAAGGAGUUUGUGCGUGAAUCUAAUUUGGGUUUCAUGUGUACACUUUGAGCAUGAAUCCAACAGGGUUUCAUGUCCAAGUACUGCCUGUUCACAUGGUUCUUGAUGCCAUGUAGAAUUAGAGGCAUGGUAUAGCCACUGUUAAGUAGGCUAUAAGUAGUGUGUUUUCUUUUACCAGUGUGUGUGUGCGUGUCUUUUCGCGUUUGUUGUUUGGUUUCCUGUUCUGUUUACCUGUCCUGUGAGUUAAGUUGGGAGUAUGGUGAGUUGGGUUUGAUGUGUGUUGCUUUUAGCUAUGGAGACUGUAAUGUUUGGAAAUAAAUAAAGGGGUUUGAUCCUUGUGUAUGUUUCUUGCUAAAUAUGAAUGUUAUGUCAAGUUUGAUUUUG